AUGUCCUGGAAGUCUUUUCAGCAAGCCGCUCGAUUAAAUGACUCUAUCUUACAAGGAUACAGAAAAAGGAUGAGCUUCUUCUCAUUCCUCUCCUUUCAAAGAGGCAGAGAUACCCCAGCUCAAAACCCAGAACUAUACAUUGAAAAGCCUGACGGUACUGGUAAGUCAUGCAAACGACAUCCACGAGCGCGGUUUAGCGCAUCCAUUUCUCACGCUUUUUUAGAGAAACGGGCUACGGAAGAAGACUUGUUCGGAUACAGCCGGCAUCGAUGGAUCUUUAACGAAGAGAAGGAACUUGCACGUCGUUACCGGAAAUUUGAUCUUCAGAAAUUAAUCGAAGUUGCUAUUGAUACUGCUGGCGAUGGAGCACACGGUUACACAAAAGUGUUGAAUUGUGUGGAAGGAAUGCAUAACAAAGCUCUGCUCUUGACAAUGGAUAAUGGCAAGGAAGUGUUUGCCAAACUUCCAAAUCCCAAUGCUGGUCCUGCGCAAUAUGUCACUGCUUCAGAGGUUGCGACCCUGGAAUUUCUUCGCGAAGUACUAAAUGUGCCAGUCCCCCAGGUUUUUGCGUGGUCCUCUGACCCCGCGAACCCGGUUGGCGCUGAGUAUAUCAUCGAAGAGAAAGCCCCCGGUACAAGGCUGGAGAGCCUAUGGCACGACUGGCCGCGAAAAUCAAAACUGCAAGUAAUUGAUCAAGUUGGCAAAAUUGAACAUGCACUCACCACCACCAAAUUCACCAAACAUGGCAGUCUUUAUUUCAAGCAAGAUUUGCCUACUUUGAAAGAGCAAAAUGAUACCCUCUUGGUUGAGCCAUUGCCAUCUGUGCAAUCUGCUGACCUAGAUAGAUAUGUUAUCGGGCCUCUCACGAGUGCGGAGCUUUGGAGUAGUGGUCGAGAGGAUAUUGAUUUGGAUAGAGGGCCCUGUGGGUAUAAACAACAAUCCACAUCUGGUUCUUGGCUAAUAUGA